AUGACCGGCAAACAGAAUGGCUUUGUAGCUAAAUUAAAAAAAGUUGCCCCUCAUAUAUUGGCAAUUCAUUGCAUCAUCCAUCGAGAACAUCUUUGUGCUAAAUCUCUCAAUGAUGACAUGGAACAUGCAUUGAAAGUCGCUGUUUCAACAGUGAAUUUUGUCAAAGCCAAUGCUUUGCAUGACCGCCUAUUUCAACAUUUAUGUGAACAUGAGGACCACCAGAGACUCCUCAUGCACACUGAAGUGAGAUGGCUUUCCAAAGGAAAUUCCCUAGUUCGUCUUGCUGAAAUGUGGGAUAUGGUUCUUAUUUUUGUUCAUGACAUGAAAACACAAGCUUGUAGCAAGAAGCAGAAAGAUAAAGCUGAGACUUUGUUUUCAGUGAUAAAUAACAACGAUACAAAGCAAGGAUUUUUUACCUGGCUGACUUAUUCGCACAUGUCAACCAACUGA